AUGCGUGUCCUCCUCCAUCCACUCGCCAGGCGCGUCGCAUUCUCUCCAAUCGAGACCAUAGUCUUUUUCUCCGUGAUUGGUACUCUCGCAUAUUUUCAAAUCCUAUCUGCUAUCAAACACUCCGCAUUCUUUGCUCCUACUUUCCCAUCAACCCUACGUCCUGCACACGCAUUACUGCGAGACGGUGAAUGGGUUGGUGUCGAUGAGAAUUGGUACAAUGGACGCUCGGCUGCCGGAGAUAGCUCAAGACCUUUGGAAUUACAGCAAAUAAUAUUCUCAUUAGACCCUGCGCCUACGCAGAAACUAGAAGAGUCCUCUGCAGACUCAACAACAUUAGCCUUGGCUCCACUCGUCCAGUCAAUUAACAACGUUACCCACUACAUUACUCACGAUUUCUCUGCUUAUUCCGGCGAGAAAUAUACUUCUCUCUGCUACAUCCCAACCGAUGCUGCUGAGACGACAGCAGGCGACAGCACCCAGCUACCUGCCCAAUGCUUCACCGCUACUUCUUCCAUGUCAUCAAGGUCCAAAGUGGUCACGCUUUCCUUUGCCGCGGAUGCCCGAGGCAACUUCAUCGACGCCCUUAAGGACUAUGGAAAGUUCGCCGCGGAUGAAUUCGAUGUGGUGUACCAUCUUGAGGGACGCCAGACUGAGACCAUUGGAGAGAUGAAGAGUGGGAAAUGGAUUGCCUAUGCUGCCAGUGCACUCGUCGUGCGCUUCUGGGAGCUUGCCAAGAAAGCCGACUCACUGGACAUUCUCUUGGUCCUUCUCGGAUACAUUUUGAUGCAUGCCACAUUCAUUCGGCUUUUGUUGUCCUCGCGAGCUCUGGGAUCCAACUUCUGGUUAAGCACGGCUAUCGUAUCAUCGUCCGUUUUGGCUUUCCUUCUCGCCCUUCCUUUCGCACUCUACCUGCAAAUUCCUCUCGACCCCAUAAGUCUCACGGAGGCUCUGCCUUUCCUGGUCUGUACAGUUGGUUUCGAUAAGCCUCUCCGUCUUGCACGCGCUGUCUUCAACCACCCUCACCUUACUACACCAGUUAAGGAAGGUCGCUUCCGUGGACAGAUGAAACCUGCCGGGGAUAUCAUCAUGGAGGCACUUGACCGCAGUGGGAAUGUUAUCUUGCGUGACUAUGCUCUUGAGAUCGCUGUGCUCGCUAUGGGUGCCAAAAGCAAAGUGGGGGGUCUGAAAGAAUUUUGCGCCCUAGCGGCUGUGAGCCUGACUUUCGACUGCAUCCUAUUUGGUACUUUUUAUACAGCCAUUUUGGCUGUUAUGGUAGAGGUCCGACGCAUCAGACUUGUCCGUGAAAUAACCAGGUCGAGGAGCUCGAACAAUCUUUCUGGGGAAGGAAAAGCCAGCUCGCUUGCGCGCCCACCACCUCGCCACCAAGACAGCCUUCACGCGAGAAUAUCAGAAACGAUCAUCGGCGUGAAAGGGUCUAUGCUCAAGCAGAAGAACAGCCGUCACCAAGAUAUCAAGGAAGAGAAUCCCGUUGCCAGACUGAAACUCCUAUUGAUCGCCUCGUUCCUGACUUUGCACCUACUUAACCUCUCCACCACGCUUACUCCUGCCAAGUCUGUCAACCGCUACCAGUCUCAAUCCACCAUCGACACCUUCAGCACUCUGGGUGACUCGAUUACGGGUGCUCGUAAGGUCGACAUAACUUCCCCUGUCAUCUCAGAAGUUCUUUCUCGCCUCGCUGUUGUGGACCAGAUCGUGGACGCGAACACAAACAUCACCUCUAACGUUGAUCUCCUUGUCAAAAUCUCGCCCCCACUCUACGUCAGAGUUGUACCUGCUGUCGCCCGUAUUCGCCCUCGUGCACUUUUCAGGUCUAGUGAAAUGAUCGAGAACUUCAUGUCCGGUUGGACUAGGCUCGUCGGUGAUCCAGUCCUGUCCAAAUGGAUUGUCUUGGUUCUUGCAGCCAGCGUUGCUCUCAAUGGUUACCUUCUAAGGGGUAUUGCGGAAGGUGGUUUGCGAAGCUUCCAGCCUCAGAGUGUUAGGUUCUUGUCUGUUGGAGGUGAUAGGAGGACUCGCGACACUGAGGACAAAGUCCUUUCGCCUCUUUCUGCCGAUUCCGUCCCCCCUGCUUCUGCGGCUCCAUGGAAGAAACCUUCUUUUGCUGUUGGAGACGACGAGCCUAAACCUCGUACUCCUGCGCCAACGAAAGAUCUGUCGUUCGUCCCUUCUCCUGUUACUGCCCGACCCAUGGUAGCGCCCAUAGCUAUCCCUGCCACCGGUGUUCCUCCCUUCAUGCUCGAUAUGAAGUUGCGUGCACAGUCUGCUGUUGCAGCAUUGAGAGAGCCCAAAGGCGACAUUACCAUUCGAUCGCUCGAAGAGUGCCUUGACAUCUUCGAUAAUGGACCAAGACCACUUUCUGUGUCGUUGUCUAUGUUGAACGACGAGGAGAUUAUCAUGUUGGCGCAGAAUGGCAAGAUCGCAGCGUAUGCGCUUGAGAAGGUAUUAGGUGAUCUCGAACGUGCCGUCGCGAUCCGGAGAUCGCUGAUAUCUCGUUCGACGGAAACGAAGACUUUGGAGUACUCUGAUGUCCCUAUGACCAAUUACGAUUACUCGCGAGUCUACGGAGCAUGCUGCGAGAACGUUGUCGGAUACAUCCCUAUUCCUCUCGGUAUCGCUGGACCUCUUAACAUCGAUGGUCAACAAGUCCACAUUCCCAUGGCCACGGCUGAAGGUACACUUGUAGCUUCGACGUCUCGUGGUUGCAAGGCAUUGAACUCGGGAGGAGGCGUAACGACUGUGAUCACAGGGGACGGCAUGACUCGUGGUCCUGCCAUCGACUUCCCCUCUAUCUCCUUGGCUGCCGAGGCCAAGGCCUGGGUUGACUCUGAGGAAGGUUACGCCAUUAUCAGAGAGGCUUUCGAGUCGACGUCACGUUUUGCCAAGCUGCAGAGAUUGAAGACUGCUAUGGCUGGUCGGACGUUGUUCGUGCGAUUUGCUACGACGACAGGUGACGCAAUGGGCAUGAACAUGAUCUCAAAGGGAACGGAGAAGGCACUGGAAGUUAUGCAGAAGCAUUUCCCAGACAUGAUUACGCUUGCAUUGUCGGGCAACUAUUGCACAGACAAGAAACCUGCGGCCAUUAACUGGAUUGAAGGACGUGGAAAGAGCGUUGUCGCUGAAGCCGUUAUUCCUGGAAAGGUUGUCAAGAGCGUGCUCAAGACCACCGUAGAGGCGCUUUGCAACCUGAACAUCAAGAAGAACUUGGUGGGCAGCGCCAUGGCUGGCUCGAUUGGUGGCUUCAACGCACAUGCUGCAAACAUCCUGACCGCUGUCUUUUUGGCUACUGGCCAGGAUCCUGCCCAGAAUGUUGAAAGUUCAAACUGUAUGACUCUCAUGGAGCCAACAAAUGACGGUGAAGAUCUCCUUAUGACGGUGUCGAUGCCGUCCAUUGAAGUCGGCACGGUCGGAGGAGGCACGGUCCUUGCACCUCAAGGAGCUAUCCUCGAAAUGCUCGGGAUCAAAGGCGCGCACUCCACCACCCCCGGUCAGAAUUCUCAGCGUCUCGCUCGUAUCAUUGCCGCCUCCGUUAUGGCUGGCGAGCUUUCCCUCAUGAGCGCUCUGGCUGCCGGACAUCUCGUGCGCGCACACUUGGUCCACAACCGAUCGCAAACCAACACUCCCAAUUCCUCACGGCCUGUGACACCAGGCUGGGAACAACAGGAAAAAGACAAGAGCCUUGGAAUACCAUCACGCAGUCUCACGCCAUGUUCGUCGACGUCUUCGUUGCCUCCAUAUUCGGUGGAUCCGAAGACGUGA